AUGACCGCGACUCCACGCUCCGUGGAAGACAAGACAGAGCAUGUUUCCAUAUUCUCGUCCCAGCCACCCAUCUUCAUUCUGCCAACACACCUCUCCCUGGAGGAUCUGGACGAGGUUGAAGGCCGAUUGACAGAUUGCGGUGGGAGAUUGACCUACGAUAUCGCCGAAGCUGGCCUGGUUCUGGGAAAAGUCGGGCGCGCGAAGCGUGCCGCACUGGAACUGCGGACGCGUGGUACCUGGACAGAGGAGCUCAUACCCACCUCAGCUUCGAAACCAAUUGGCACGAAGCCACCUUCCAAGCGCAGGCGCACAAAUCACUACGAUGGGACCAAAGAUGUCCCGGUCGAGAUUAUCGACCUUAGUACUGAGUCUGAGGGAGAGGGGAGAGCUGCGAAUCAUAAACUUUCAGAAAAGGUGAUUCCAGAGCGAAAGGCAGAGGAAAUCCAAAAUACAGUCAUAGUCUUGAAGCUCGAGUGGAUGGACGCCUCUAUCAAAGCCGGUCAAUGUGUGUCCCAAGACCCAUUCGUUGUCUACCGUGGGCGAAAAAUCACUCCUCCCCCUCCAGCAAAAGGAGUAGAAAAUAAACAAAACCUACUUGCACAAAAAUUAAGUCAAAUCAUCGAGCGUGCGAAACAAGAUGCUGGUUUACCAACACCACGAACUCCUCCACCAGACCACAUCCACGCACGACGCUCAAAAGAACCCCCGGACGGGUCAUCACCGCGCGCCCGGCCAACGCUAUAUCGACAGACGACUUCCGAACACGAAAAAGAAGAAAACAACGUACCUCCACAACCCGACUGGGUCCGAGACCAGGUCGUUUUCGCAUGCCUACGCUCAGCACCCUUACACCCUCCAAACGAAGAGUUCAUCUCGCAACUCGUGAAAAUCAGACGGAUUCGCGAACUCACCCUUGACGAGAUUGGGGUGCGUGCAUACAGCACCUCCAUCGCAUCCUUGGCAGCAUACCCACAUCCCAUCCAGCGACCGAGCGAGAUCCUCGCUUUACCAGGAUGCAACGCCAAGAUCGCAGAUCUGUUCGCCGAAUUCCAGCAGCACGGUGGCUGUAGUCAUACCGAUGAAGACGGGAAAGUUGCUGCUGCCGACGCGCUGGAGACGGAUCCCAUGCUCCGGGUCCUGAACUUAUUCUACGGGAUCUGGGGCGUCGGAGCGAAAACAGCGCGCGAGUUCUACCAGCGUGGCUGGCGAGACCUCGAUGAUAUCGUUGAGCAUGGGUGGGCUAAGCUUUCACGCGUUCAACAGAUUGGAGUGAAAUUUUACGAGGAGUUCCAGAAGGGUGUUCCUCGCGAUGAAAGCGAGAGUAUUGCGAAUACUAUUCGUGACCAUGCUGGUCGAGUCCGGCCGGAAGAUAAGGAUGGAAUUGAGUGUGUGAUUGUUGGCGGGUACAGGCGUGGGAAGGAACUCAGUGGAGAUGUUGAUAUUAUAUUGACUCAUCGUAAUGACGCGGUAACUCGGAAUCUGAUUGUCGAUGUUGUCGCGAGUCUUGAGACUGAACGUUAUAUCACCCACACGCUGUCGUUGCAUUUGACUUCUUCGCUGCGCGAGCAGCAGACGUUGCCUUUUCACGGGGAUGAUACGAGGAAAUUCGAUACUUUGGAUAAGGCACUGGUUGUCUGGCAAGACCCACACUGUGAUGCUCAAGCUGUUGGAGGGAAUGAGCGGCCAGGGAAAAAUCCAAAUAUCCAUCGUCGUGUUGAUAUCAUCAUAUCGCCCUGGCGUACUGUCGGCUGUGCGAUUCUUGGCUGGUCUGGUGAUACGACUUUUCAGCGAGAUCUACGGCGUCAUGCGAAGAAAGCUCGCUCGUUGAAGUUUGAUUCGAGUGGUGUUCGAGACCGAGGUACUGGCCGUCAGGUUGAUUUGGAACAUGGCGGAGAGACCUGGCAGGAGAGGGAGAAACUUGUGAUGGAGGGACUAGGAAUAGGCUGGAGGCCACCGGAAGAAAGGUGCUCGAGAUAG